AUGCCGUCAAACGGCAAACCCGACCUAUCGACAAUGGCAGACUACAUAACCAAAGGCGGCGUGUCCUCGGUCGUGGUUAUGGUCGGUGCCGGGAUCUCAACCGCGGCGGGCAUCCCGGACUUUCGGUCGCCGAAAACCGGGCUCUAUCAUAACCUGUCGCGGCUAAAACUGCCGUACGCUGAGGCGGUUUUCGAUAUUGAUUAUUUCAGAAAACAGCCGGAAGCGUUCUACACGCUCGCGCAGGAACUGUACCCGGGAAAAUUUAAGCCGACUUUGUUUCAUUCGUUUCUAAAAGUGCUGGAGGAGAAGGGAAUCCUGCGACGCGUCUACACGCAAAACAUCGACACGCUCGAAGAGAUCGCGGGCGUCGAGGCAGACAAAGUGGUGUAUGCGCAUGGCUCAUUUGCAGAGAACCACUGCAUCGACUGUCAUGCGGAGAUGAGCAAAGAGGAUCUGAGAGAAAUCAUGGAGAAGGAUGAUAUUCCGCGGUGCAAAAAAUGCAAGGGUUUAGUGAAGCCUGAUAUUGUGUUCUUUGGCGAAAACCUUCCCGCGCGAUUUUUCAAACUCCUCGACAACGACCUCAGCGCAGCCGACCUCGUUAUCGUCGCCGGCACAUCUCUACAGGUGCACCCGUUCGCAAGUCUCCCCUCACAAGUCUCCUGCCCGCGCAUUCUCUUCAAUCUCGAGGCCGUCGGCGACUUUGGUCGGCGCAAGACCGACGUCAUUCGCUUGGGUGCUUGUGAUGAAGGGAUUAGGGAUUUGGCGGAUCAAUGCGGAUGGGGAAAGAGGCUGACUGAGCUGUGGGAGAGUAAAUCCAAGAAGUGGAAGAGCGUGGAGGAGGAGGAGGAAGCUGGGGCAAAGACUCAGAAGGAGGUGUUGAAGGCUGUUAACCAAGAAGCGAAAGAGGAGAAGAUAGAUGGAGAGGAUAAAGAAAGUAAGGAGGUAGAAAAGAUCACCGAACAGAUUAGCGGGAUCGAGAUAGCAGACGAGACAAGCAGCAAGGAGACAAGCAGCAAGUCAAAGGUAUAA